AUGCCACUGGCCGCAUCGAUGGGCGGGCAAGACUAUUUCGCGUUCGAGUUCUGGCACAUGGGUCACAUGUACGUGGGCUCCGUUCUGCGGUCCAUGCUCACCAUGCUGCAGGUGGCCACCUUCGACGGCUGGUCGGAUGACGUCGCGCGCCCGCUCUUUCAGGUAGCGCCGAUGGCCACGCCGGUUCUUUUCCUUUGCAUCUUCGUGGUGAGCUUCGGGACCCUCAACAUCCUGGUGGCGGUCAUGGUGGAGCGUAUCUCAGUGAUCACUGCGGACAGCCGCGACCGCGCGGAGCAGGCCCGACUGCGAAUGGAAGCAAUCCUGCUGGAGUCCGUGGUGGAGGAGCUGAGGGCCAACGACCGGGAUGGCUCCGGGGACCUGUCCCAGAAGGAGUUCAAGAAGCUCAUCAGGAUCCCGUCGCUGGUGAAGAAGCUAGGCCUCUUGGGCAUCAGCGUGGAAGAGGCCGAGAGUCUCUUCGAGAUCAUGGACGUGAACCAUUGUGGCUCGGUGACGCCUGAGGAGUUCAUCGCUGGCCUGCAGAAGGUGAAAGGCCCAGCGAAAGGACAAGACAUGGUGCAGCUCAUUUGCUACGCGCAGAGACAGGUGCUCAGAGCCACUCAGUAUGUGCAGCGCAUGCGCUUCUUGAACAUGCAGGUGGACGCGGUGCAAGAGCGCCUCAAUGUUGCAGGUGUCCAGCUGCAGUACGAGUCCAGCGACCAGCAAAAGGCUUCGGGCCGAAAUGACGAGGUCACCAUGCAAGCCGCCCAACGGCAGCUGCUGCUGAUCCAGCUGGAUGCAGUCAGACAGACCACAUACCCGGUGGUCGACAAAGUGGGGUGGUCCUGA